AUGCUUAGAACAAUUAAAAGACCGUUGUUUAUUCUUUUAAUUAUUCUUUGUUCCUUUUGCGAACACAUGUUUUUUGCUCAUUCUUUUCAAUCACUAGAUUCUACGCCUGAUGGCAACAUCCCGACUCUUGAUGUACAAAUGGUGGCUCAGAAGAGAUGGCUAGUAUCAAAACGUGAAUUUCAAAAUUUACAAAAGGAGCUGUCCUAUUUCAUAGAUCAAGAAAUUGAAAAGGAGAAGAAACGUCUGAUUGAUAAGGAGGAUUCUAACUUUCAUUAUAUGAAAAACUCGUUUAUGAAACUAACUCUAGGAAAAAGGUUGCUGCCAGGUCAACCUAGUUUUAUUCUUGUUCCUGCCAUUAACUAA